AUGGGUUCAGUCGAGACCAUAUCCACCAGCAUUAUACCUGCCCGCAAGGCCGUUGCGGUCUCUAUCAAAGCAGGCCAGAGUAUCAAGGUCAUCAAUACCUUUGGCAAGCAGGUGGUCGACUUUUGGGCAUUCAACCCUCAUGAUGGCCACGACUAUUUGUCCAUGGUUCAUACUCGAACUGUGUUGCUCAGCGUCGCCCUUCGCAAGGGUGAUCUGCUUUACAGUACGCGGCGGAAGCCCAUGCUCAAAUUAGUCGAAGACACUACGCGCGGCGUCCAUGACAUGAUCUGGUCUGCCUGCGACAGUGAGCGGUACCGAAUGCAAGGAUUCGAAGGGUACCAUGACAAUUGUACGGAUAAUAUGCACGCGGCCAUUCACGACAAUUUCCCAGCUUUCCAGAUAGCCGACGACUGGGUGCCCGACCCUCUCAAUCUAUUUAUGAAUGUUGCCAUUGAUCAUCACGGCGGUCUCGAUAUUCGCCCCCCAACCAGCGAGAAGGGGCAGUACGUCAUUCUGGAGGCUCAGGUUGACCUCAUGCUUGUGAUGAGCUCCUGCCCUCAAGACUUGGCCCCCGUAAACGCCGGCCAGCCAGCCGACUGCGCUUACGAGAUUCUCAAUGGCUCUACUGCGCAGGGCCUGCUCGAGGCGCCGCAAGACAUUCCUAUGACCUUGGUCACAAGCUUUCAAAGGCCAAAGGUCAAGGUCUGUCUGUCAUUUGAUUUUGAUGCCGUGUCGCAUUGGCUUGGUACCGGCUGUCAUCCUGACAACAACAUGGCCGACUACAGCUCGGGCAUCUUUGCUGGGCAAGUUGGUGCGAUCCGCUUGCUGAAUAUGCUCAAAAAGAAAAACAUUGCAGACAAGGUGACAUGGUUCAUUCCCGGCCAUACAAUCGAAACCUUCCCCACGUCCGUGCAAACGGUAGCGGAAUCCGGUGCCGAAAUUGGUCUACAUGGCUAUGCACAUGAAGGGAUCUAUCAGAUGACGCCCGAGCAGGAGCGCGACGUGCUCAUCAAGUGUAUCGAAGUGGCCACCAAGCUGGUGGGCAAGAAGCCUCGUGGAUAUCGAGCACCAAUGUACACGAUCCGCGAAACCACGGUCAAGCUACUGCGAGAACAUGGAUUCCUCUACGACACGUCCCUCAUGCAUCACGAUUCCCAGCCGUACUGGACGCCGGCGGACCCGCCGAUACAGACCAUUGACUUUUCCAAGGACGCGUCUUCGUGGCUUCAGCCUACUCCCAUUACCGCGCAAGCAGAACUCAAUCCACUCAAAUCCGGGGAUCAUCCUUUGGUAGAGAUACCAUGUGGCUGGUACAAUGAAGAUAUGAUGCCACUACAAUACUUGCCGCAUCUACCCAAUAGCAUGGGAUAUGUGUCCACCCGCGUGGUUGAGCAAAUGUGGAAAGACAAAUUCAUGUGGCUUUGGGAGAAUGCAGCUACUACCGAAAAGAGUUUUGACACGGCCGACUUUAUCUUUCCCAUCCUCAUGCACCCAGAUACGAGUGGCAUGGCCCAUAUCAUGGGCAUGGCCGAACGGAUCAUCACCUGGCUGCAGUCAUGGGGUGAUGCCGUUGAGUUUUGCAAACACGAAGACAUUGCAAGGGAUUGGCUUGCGGCUCGCCAUGCUGAGCUGUGA